CUGUGCUGCUUCAAGUCAAACGCGCCUACAGCAGGAACCUUCUGAAUGGAUCACGUGACCGGAAGUACAGUUUCUAGAGGGAACGCGCGAACGUUGCACGAAUUGACAUCUUAGCGGGCUCAAGAGGACAUUGAGCAGAAUGUCCCCACCAAUGGGAGACAGCCACAAGCGCUUCUUACAGACCAUGAUGAGCAAUGGCAUUAUCAGUGCAUCUCAGGCCGCAGCACUACACAAACACUGCUGUGAGAUCCAUGGAGCACACUAUGUGGCAGACCGAUUAGAUGAUUUCAUUAAUAUCAUCAAUGCUCAUCUUCAGUCCUUGUUCAUGCACAUCAGGAAGGGCAUGUCUGAAGAGGAUGGACUCGAGUAUUAUGCCCUGGUAAACGUGACUGAGACAGACAUAACAAGAAUGGCAUCUGAUUAUGCAGAUAAUGAAUUGGAAUUAUUCAGAAAAACGAUGGAUCUGAUUGUAGACUCUGAGAGCGGUUCUGCCUCCUCCACCGAUAUUUUAAAUUGUGCCGACAGCCUCCAGACAAAGAAACUGAAGAAAAAAGAAACGGAGCAUGUCUUAAACAAAUUUGUCCAGGACAAAUGGUUAAAUGAGAAGGAUGGUGAAUACACACUAAGUGUGCGCUGCAUUGUGGAGAUGGAACAGUAUAUGCGCACAAUCUACCAAGACCUCAUCAAAGUGUGUCAUGUGUGCCACAACAUUGCCCUGCAGUGCCAGAUGUGUGAAAACCCAAUUUGUGGAAUCAAGGUGCAUCUCCCGUGCGUUGCUAGAUAUUUUAGAGCACGCAGUGACCCUCGUUGCCCGGAAUGCGGUGAUUUCUGGCCUCACGAGAUUCCAGAAAUACAGCAAUCCCAGUCACAGAGUUCACAAAAUCUGCCUUCAUCAUCCAAAGAGAACACUGCUCCCACACCAUCACGCCGCUCAAGAAGAUCAUAAUCUCCCUGCUGAUUCAUCGCUGCAGCUGGCCUUUUGACUAUAAAUGAGGAUUUCUCAAGUGUCUAAAAGUUUUUUUUACAUGCAUUUUCUAUUUAUAAAGAAUUGUUAUUGGAUAGGGGUUUUCUCAUUAUUUUUGUUGGAGUUUCUGAUCCAAGAUUAAAUUGCUUAUACAAAUAAAAUGUAUUUGCUCUUGUAUGGAAACAUUUGCUGUCUCUCUCGAAUUUUAGCCUUUUGUACAGUUGCUAAGACAAAAUAAAAAUUGAGAAGCAAACUGUU